AUGGCCACGCCAACACUAGACCAAUUCCUCUCCGAAAUAAACCGCAUCACACUAUCCAAAGACUCUGCCCAACUAUCCCAGUAUCUGGUUAUCGAGCCACCUUACGCACCUUCGUACAACACCAUCAUUGCUGAGCUACGAAAGUCAUUCCCCAAAAGCUCUGAAGAUGCGCUAGAGAAGAAGAUCAUCAAGGUUGUCAAAAUCAUUGAUGGGGGUGAUGAUGUAGAAGUUGCUUCUUGGAGUGCGUUUAGCAGGUUUAUGGUCUUGUAUUUUGGGUUCUUGAGGGAUGUUGAUGUGGGUAAUUUGUUGGAGACUUUUGGGUUGUUGAGCGAGGUUUUGCAGUAA